AUGACGAGUGCCGGAAGAAAUUCGCUGCGGCUUUCCCAGUUGCGACUGCGUGAUUUCCGCUGCUUUGAAUCGAUCGAUAUCGACUUCCACCCGCAGUUGACAGUAUUGGUUGCGGCCAAUGGUACGGGUAAAACGUCCAUCCUCGACGCCAUCGCCAUCGCCUUUGGUCCUUAUAUAGGGGCAUUUGACGAGGCGACGCCAAGGGAAUUGGUUGCCUAUGGCAAGCGCAUGCAAGAAGCUUCGCGCACGCCCGACACUGAGGUCGUUCUGCCACUGAUCGCGUACUACGGCACUGGACGUCUGUGGCAGCAAAAAAAACUGACAGAUGCGAAGAACAUCCAACGCACCUCAAGAACCGUCGGCUACACCGACUGCCUCGAUCCGGCAUCCAGCUAUAAAUCGUUCGUGCAAUGGUUUCGCUACUGGAGCCUGAAUGCCAAAGAAGCCCAACUCAAGGCGCUUGAAGCAGGGGUCAGCAUUGCCAAAACCGAAUUCGACACCUACAUCCAGUCAGUUAGUCGAGCCGUGAACGUGUGCAUUCAACCGGCAGGCUGGAGCGGUAUCGAGUACUCCUUCACCCGCGACACGCUGGUUGCCCGACAUGAGCAAUUAGGCGAACUACCAGUCGAGUGGCUCAGCGACGGUAUUCGCAACAUGAUAGGCAUGGUGGCCGAUAUCGCAUUUCGCGCAACCAAACUCAACGGCCACCUUGGUGCGCAAGCGGCGCAAAAGACACCAGGCCUGCUGCUUAUCGACGAAGUCGACAUGCACCUGCAUCCGGAAUGGCAACAAGUAGUGCUGCUCAACCUGGCCCAGGCGUUCCCGGCCAUGCAGCUUAUCGUGACAACCCACAGCCCUCAGGUGUUGAGUACGGUCUCAUCGGACAGUGUGCGAAUCCUGCGCAGCGAAAUCGUUCCCGAGACCACCAGCCGGGUCACCACCGUCAGCGAGCCACAAUGGCAAACCCGCGGCGUCGCCAGCUCCGACCUGUUGGCCCGUAUCAUGGGCGUCGAUCCGGUACCUCAUGUGCCUGAGGCCAUCUGGGUUUCUGAUUACCAGGCACUGAUUCAACAGAACCUUCAUGAGCAGCCUGAGGGACGUAUAUUGAGAGACAGGCUGGAAGCCCAUUUCGGGGCUGAACAUCCAGUUGUGCACGAACUUGAUCGGCUGGUUCGUUUACAGGGAAUCAAGCAGCGGCUGCCCCGCGAACUUGGCAACAGGGAGCGU